GUGUACUGUGAGAAAGGGUUAAUGUUCCCACUCUGAUAGUAAAUGUUGUUGACAUUAUUUGGUAUUUCCUCAAAAGGUAAGCGAUUCUGUACAAAAAAAAUAAUAAUCUUAGUGUUCAGUUAAUAAUGUGCAGGACAGUAAGUGAUUUAUGGGUAAUUUUGAAGAAUGGCAGUGUGUGUGGUGUUCCAGUGCUCGAAUGAUAGAUCAGCUGUUUUGGAGGUGUUAACCGAGAGCCCUAUACUGUUGCAGGUUCUGACAACUACAGCAUCCUGUGGAGAGAAAGCCACAAGAACACAGUCGUCAGUGUACUGUAGAUCUAGGAUUUGCUCUCUGGACAGCUUUGUGGUCAGUUGAAACCUCCUGGUGUUGAACAGACUCCCAUUCAUAGUGAAGCUCCUUGUGGAGGAGAUGGAUGACACACAAGCAUAAGAUGUUGAAGAGGACGGGUGCCAGGACAUACCACUGUUUCACUCAUGAGCUGACAGAAAAGAGUCACAUGACCUCCUGUGAUCAUGUGAUUUAUCAAAUUUAAACAGAACAUUCCAGAAGAACUUCCUGGUAACAGUGUUGAUUGAUUUGGAGAGGUUGAUACAGGCUGUAAUGAUAGUUGGUGUUGUUCCCAGCACUUUUCUUGAAGUUGUCAUGCAGCAUUCUUUAUAAUUCUUAAUUCUUAGCCUCUUCCUGCUGGUCUAUUGCAAUCAUGCAAUCAUAGAGGUAGAUUACACCCCCACACACAGAGAAACACACCAGUUUUGUUUUAGAAAUGAUAAAACAGAAAAUUCCCUCGUAUGUUAAAACCAAAAACGUUGUGUUGUGUUCGUGUUCAUGCGUGUGUGUGUGUGUGUGUGUGUUUAUUUACUCCACCUCCUGCUCUAAAAAUUAUUUUGACUAAACCAGUCAAUCCAGUUUGAGUUCAAGUGAAACUCCAUUUAGUGACGAUUGGACUGUAAAAGGUUCUCAGGAGAAGAACACAGUUUAUAGAUAUAGUCUCUUGGUGGAGACAUGGCCUCCAAAAUGAGUGUGUCUGGGGAGCAAGACACAGAGAAAGGCGAGAGAUCAGACUCACCUGAACCCAGUUGUGUGUCCAUGAGGAGUGACGGGUCAAUGAACCGUCCAAUACACUUCAGAGACAGAGACAGUACUACUGAUCUGAGGCUGCAAAAGGAUUCAGAUACCACACACAGCAAUCUACUGGAGUCUAUAUUUAAGGAGCUGGAGCACAAAGUCAUCAGUCUGUUAAAGAAUGAGCUGAAGAGAUUUAAGAAGCUCCUGAGUCCAGAUUACCCAGCAUGCUCUGAGAGGGAGGUGGAGGAUGAGGAGGAUCAGAGCAGUGUCAGAGAGGGAGUGCUGAAGAUCACACUGCACUUCCUGAAGAACAUGAACCUCACAGAUCUCGCUAACACGCUGCAGAACAAACUCGUCCCUGUGCACCAGCGAGAACUCAAAUCCACAUUGAGAGAGAAAUGUAAAAGAAUUAAUGAAGGAAUCUCACAGCCUGGAAGUUCAGCACUUCUGAAUGUGAUCUACACAGAUCUCUACAUCACAGAGGGGUGGAGUGGAGACGUCAAUAAUGAACAUGAGGUGAGACAGAUUGAGACAGCGUCCAGGAGACCAGCAGCACAGGAGACACCCAUCAAAUGUAAUGAUCUCUUUAAAGACAAGUCCAUCAGAAGAGUGCUGACUAAAGGAGUUGCUGGAAUUGGAAAAACAGUCUCUGUGCAGAAGUUCAUUCUGGACUGGACUGAAGGAAAAGCAAAUCAGGACGUCUUCUUCAUGUUUCCACUUCCCUUUAGAGAGCUGAAUCUGAUGAAGCAGAAACAUCUCAGUCUGAUGGAUCUUCUUCAUCACUUUUUCCCUGAAAUAAAAAAAAUACAAUUAAUAGACUGUGAGAUCAACAAAGUCCUGUUGAUCUUUGAUGGUCUGGAUGAGUGUCGACUUCCUCUAAAUUUCCAGAAGAACGAGAGAUUGUGUGAUGUGACAGAGUCAGCCUCAGUGGAUGUGCUGCUGACGAACCUCAUCAAGGGGAAUCUGCUUCCCUCUGCUCUCCUCUGGAUAACCUCUCGACCAGGAGCAGCCAAUCAGAUCCCUCCUGAGUGUGUAGACCAGGUAACAGAGGUACGAGGGUUCAGUGAUCCUCAGAAAGAGGAGUACUUCAGGAAGAGGAUCAGUGAUCGGAGCCUGGCCAAUAAAAUCAUCUCACACAUGAAGUCUUCAAGAAGCCUCCACAUCAUGUGCCACAUCCCAGUCUUCUGCUGGAUCUCAGCCACUGUUCUAGAGAGAAUGUUGGGUGGAGCAGAGAGUGGAGAGAUCCCCAAGACUCUGACUCAAAUGUUCACACACUUCCUGAUCUUUCAGAUCAAACACAAGGACCAAAAGUACCAUCAGAAAUGUGACCCUGAUCCUCAGCAGACCAGAGAGAGUAUCCUGGCACUGGGAGAACUGGCUUUCCAACAGCUGGAGAAAGGAAACCUGAUCUUCUAUGAGGAAGACCUGAGAGAGUGUGGCAUUGAUGUGAGAGACGUGUCAGUGUACUCAGGAGUGUGUACCCAAAUCUUCAGAGAGGAGUUUGGGCUUCACCUGGGGAAGGUGUUCAGCUUUGUACAUCUGAGUGUUCAGGAGUUUCUGGCUGCUUUAUACGCAUUUCUCUCCUUCAUCCACUCUGUUGCAAAACAAAAAACCUGGUCUGGUCUUUUCACCAAGUCAAACAUGUCUGAUUUCCUGAAGAGUGCAGUGGACAAGGCCUUACAGAGUGAGAAUGGACACCUGGACCUGUUCCUCCGCUUCCUUCUGGGUCUCUCACUGGAGUCCAAUCAGACUCUCUUACGAGACCUACUGCCCCAGACAGGAAGCAGCUCUCACAGCAAACAGGAAACAGUCAAGUACAUCAAGGAGAAGAUCAGGGAGAAUCCAUCUCCAGAGAAAUCCAUCAAUCUGUUCCACUGUCUGAAUGAACUGAAUGAUGAUUCUCUAGUGCAGGAAGUCCAACAUUACCUGAACAGAGAAGGUUCCUGGUGUCUCAGUGAAGAAAGACUCUCUCCUGCUCAGUGGUCAGCUCUGGUGUUUGUGUUGCUGACCUCAGAAGAGGAUCUGGAUGUGUUUGUUUUGAGGAAUUAUCAGAUAUCAGAUGAAUGUUUUCUGGGGAUGAUGCCAGUAUUGAAAGCAGCAAGAAAGGCAGAUCUGUCUCAGUGUAAUCUCAAAGAGGAUGCCUGUAGAGCUCUGUCCUCAGUUCUCAGCUCACCCUCCUCCAGUCUGAGAGAACUGGACCUGAAAUGUAAUUAUACCCUGCGGGAUUCAGGAGUGAAGCUGCUCUCUUCUGGACUGGAGAGUCCACACUGUACACUGGAGAUACUGAAUCUGCGUGAGUGUAUGCUCACAGAGGAAAGCUGUAGAGUUCUGUCCUCAGUUCUCAGAUCAAACUCCUCCAGACUGAGAGAACUGGACCUGAGUCACAAUAACCUGCAGGAUUCAGGAGUGAAGCUGCUCUCUGCUGGACUGGAGGAUCCACACUGUACACUGGAGACACUGAGGCUGGUAGGCUGCAGUAUUACAGGUGAAGGUUGUGCUGCUCUGGUUUCAGCUCUGAGGUCAAACACCUCAUCACACCUGAGAGAACUGAAUCUGAAAUACAAUAAACCAGGAGAAUCAGGAGAGAAGCUGCUCUCUGAUCUACUGAAGGAUCCACACUGUAAACUGGAGAAACUAGAUCUGCGUGAGUGUAUGCUCACAGAGGAAAGCUGUAGAGUUCUGUCCUCAGUUCUCAGAUCAAACUCCUCCAGACUGAGAGAACUGGACCUGAGUUACAAUAAACUGCAGGAUUCAGGAGUGAAGCUGCUCUCUGCUGGACUGGAGGAUCCACACUGUACACUGGAGACACUGAGGCUGGAUUGCUGCAGUAUUACAGGUGAAGGUUGUGCUGCUCUGGUUUCAGCUCUGAGGUCAAACCCCUCAUCACACCUGAGAGAACUGAAUCUGAAACACAAUAAUCCAGGAGAAUCAGGAGAGAAGCUGCUCUCUGAUCUACUGAAGGAUCCACACUGUACACUGGAGACACUACAGCUGUGUGGGUGUAAUCUCACAGAGGAAAGCUGUAGAGUUCUGUCCUCAGUUCUCAGAUCAAACUCCUCCAGACUGAGAGAACUGGACCUGAGUGACAAUAACCUGCAGGAUUCAGGAGUGACGCUGCUCUCUGCUGGACUGGAGAAUCCACACUGUACACUGGAGAUACUGAGGCUGUGUCGGUGUUAUCUCACAGAGGAAAGCUGUAGAGUUCUGUCCUCAGUUCUCAGAUCAAACUCCUCCAGACUGAGAGAACUGGACCUGAGUUACAAUAAUAACCUGCAGGAUUCAGGAGUGACGCUGCUCUCUGCUGGACUGGAGGAUCCACACUGUACACUGGAAAUACUGAGGCUGUAUGGGUGUAAUCUCACAGAGGAAAGCUGUAGAGUUCUGUCCUCAGUUCUCAGAUCAAACUCCUCCAGACUGAGAGAACUGGACCUGAGUUACAAUAAACUGCAGGAUUCAGGAGUGACGCUGCUCUCUGCUGGACUGGAGGAUCCACACUGUACACUGGAGACACUGAGCCUGUGUUGGUGUAAUCUCACAGAGAAAAGCUGUAGAGUUCUGUCCUCAGUUCUCAGAUCAAACUCCUCCAGACUGAGAGAACUGGACCUGAGUUACAAUAAACUGCAGGAUUCAGGAGUGACGCUGCUCUCUGCUGGACUGGAGGAUCCACACUGUACACUGGAGACACUGAGGGUGUAUGAGUGUAAUCUCACAGAGGAAAGCUGUAGAGUUCUGUCCUCAGUUCUCAGAUCAAACUCCUCCAGACUGAGAGAACUGGACCUGAGUAACAAUAACCUGCAGGAUUCAGGAGUGACGCUGCUCUCUGCUGGACUGGAGGAUCCACACUGUACACUGGAGAUACUGAGGCUGUGUGUGUGUAAUCUCACAGAGGAAAGCUGUAGAGUUCUGUCCUCAGUUCUCAGAUCAAACUCCUCCAGACUGAGAGAACUGGACCUGAGUUACAAUAACCUGCAGGAUUCAGGAGUGACGCUGCUCUCUGCUGGACUGGAGGAUCCACACUGUACACUGGAGAUACUGGGGCUGGUAGGGUGCAGUAUUACAGGUGAAGGUUGUGCUGCUCUGGUUUCAGCUCUGAGAUCAAACACCUCAUCACACCUGAGAGAACUGAAUCUGAACUACAAUAAUCCAGGAGAAUCAGGAGAGAAGCUGCUCUCUGAUCUAGUGGAUGAUCCACACUGUACACUGAAGACUCUACAUUAUUCUUGAAAAUUCUGCUGAAAGGGAUGAUGCAAGAAGAAAACCGAAACGGAUAUGGUCUCCGACAGAAACUGCUGCAGUACUGAGACAUUUCCGGGACCACGUCGUUCAUUAAUACUUUUUAUGUUUCUGAAAUUAUACGUUUAAGUUCACCUCCACGCAUUUGCGAGGGUUUUUUUUUAUUUAAACACAGAAAUAAUGUUCGUGUAUCUUCUGAUCCAUAACAUUAUCAGGAGGGAAGCUACUGUAAUGUUAAAUAAGCACUAAUUAAACUGUUGCUACUUGUUCA